GAAGGGGCUGCAGGAGGUGCAGAAGGGAUGGGGAAGGGGCAGAGGGGUCGUGGCCCCCGGUCUGCCCCGCGCCUCCGCUGGUGCCCAGCUCCGCUCUCCCUGCAGCCUGCCCUGGCAGCGAGACCCCCGGGUGCCCAGCGGCGAGGCGGCGGCGGAAGGCACCCGCCCGGCCCCGGGGCAAGGCGUCGGGGGGCCCGCGGGGCCUGGGACCGCUGGAGGAGCUGCUGGGGCUGCGGGGGGGGGCGCCUGCGCCCCACCAUCUGCGGCGAGUGCGGCAAGGGCUUCAGCCGCAGCUCGGACCUGGCGCGGCACCAGGUCACGCACACCGGCGAGAAGCCCUACACCUGCGGUGCCUGCGGGAAGGGCUUCAGCCAGAACUCCAACCUGGCCACCCACCGGCGCAUCCACACGGGCGAGAAGCCCUACGGCUGCGGCGCCUGCGGCAAGCGCUUCAGCGAGAGCUCGGCGCUCGUCCAGCACCAGCGCACGCACACCGGGGAGAAGCCCUACCGCUGCGGGGAGUGCGGGAAGCGCUUCAGCGUCUCCUCCAACCUCAUCCGCCACCGGCGCACCCACACCGGAGAGAAGCCCCACGGCUGCCCCGACUGCGGCGAGGGGUUUCGCCACAAGUCCCAGCUCCGCCGGCACCAGAAGCUCCACGCCGCGUGAUGGGGACCCUGGCGCGUGGGGACAAGGAGCGGUGGUGCUACCGGUGCCGAUGCCCAGCCGGGAUGGGGACCACAAGGGAUGGGAUGGGGGUUGCACCGGUGCACCCCAAAUCCCUAGGACUGGCCUCAAAAGCCAGGCUGGGGAGGUGCAGCAGGGCCGCGACCCGGAUCAAUAAAAGGUCCCGGUGCCGAA